AAUGCAAGCCUUUGAACUUUCCCUCAUCAUGUCUCUGAUUUCAGUGACUUCAUUCGCACAGGAGACAGAUAAUGUAAAGACGACUCUGAUAUUGAAGGCUCCACAAGAGAGAGUGUACACUGGAGACAGUGUGACUCUAGAAUGCAUUGUUGAGGACACUGUUAAUACUCGGAUAUUUCGAUGGUUCGUAAAUAAUCAGCCAUUCAGGAGUCACACUGAUCAAAAAACUCAAAUAAUCCAGUUUGUGAAUUCGUCCUACAACGGAGUGUACACAUGUGAUGCCUACAGACGCGAUACUCGUGUCCAUUCAUUGCCCAGCAAUUUUGUCUUAUUGAACGUCCAAGAAAGGUCAACCAGAUUAAAGGUGAUUUCUGGACGCAGAGGUAGAGAGGUUUAUGUAGGAGAUGAAGUCCAGCUGCUCUGUCUUCUUGAUGGUGAGCCACUUGGCUGGAGAUAUGAGCUGCAGAAGAUCGGAGAUGAAAACUCUACCAAAACACAAAGGGAACUGAGCUUCACCAUCGAGCCUGUGAGUCUCUCACAUAGUGGAGAGUACAAGUGUCGGGCUUCAAAAGGAGAGCUUCAUACGGAUUUUAGUGACCCCGUUCAGUUACGUGUGUCAGAUUUUUCACUCCAGAAUUACCUCCGAUUUGGAGCAGCGGGGCUGGUGCUGAUCGUGCUGGCAAUCAUUAUGAGCAAGUGUUUCUGGAACAGGGUGCUCCCAGCUGGCAGAUCCAGUGGAUAUGCGUAUACUUCAGGGCAAAGAGAGUCGGAAAGUUAUUUGAACCUGUAAAAGACACGAAGAACAUUCCUGAUGUCCUGCAUAGGGUAUCAUGACCCUUCUGUGGUGAUACCAGCUUUCCCUUAACAUUUAUGUUUCUAUAAAAGUGCUCACAACUAGAGAUUAAAAAAAAAGUCUCAAGUCACACACUUCAUUUACAUAAUCUUAGUGAGUCACAAACUAUGAUGGCACAGUCCUGUGAUGGCCGGUUGUGAUGACUCAGUACCACCAGUCUGUGUUGUAGUCUGUGUUGGUUUCAUAAUCCAUGGCAGCUUACACUUGGAAUCGUUGAUAGUCAUAAACCAAGGAUGAGCUGGGCAGAUGAGGACACACACAGUCAAGAGGUGGUGCAAAAUGUAUCAGUGAAUUUAUUACAAAGAAACAAAGUUUACAAAAUAAAUAAUCGAUAAAAUCAAUAUACAAAAUGUAGAUAGAUAGCAUAGCCGGCAGGAUUAGAUAGAUAGAUAGAUAGAACUUGAUUUGUCCUUAGGGGGAAAUUUUGCAUUACUAAAGCUCUGUGGUAUAGCAGGUCCACAGCUCACGUCAAGAGGUCACUUUUUUAAUAAAUAAUCACCGCACUCGCGGCUUAGCAAGGGAGCAAGGGGGCAUGGUGGCUGUGUGGCUGAAGCAGUUCCCGGGGUGAUUCGUGAUGUGCCCGUUUCUCACCUAAGUGCACAAUCCGUGAUUGUUCCCGGGACUGCUGACUUGCCACAACUGCCACGUCCUCUUCAUAAAUAGAAGCGUGAGGCGGCUAAGCGCGAGAACAACCUGGUCGUUGAGGGACCCAAGUCUUGGUCCGGUAAAGUAGCCAUACGGAGCCAGGGAACGGAAGGCAACUGGACAGUAGUAAGGUCAGCUACAGAAAGGGUGACUCCCCUGUUGAGAAGCCUGAUGGGAGAAGCAGGGGAGCCGCCACAUAAAAGAAGACACCGGCU